AAUGAGGGCUGGAUUACUAAAAAAUUAUGGACCAACUUAAAUAUUCCCAGAAGGAAAAUAGGAAAGAGCUUAGUCCCUUUAUGAUAUUACAAAUCAUUACUUAAAAGCUUAAGUUAGUAAGAAUGAUUAGAAAUCAAAAUCUGUGAAUACUUAUGGAGUUGAAUGUAGUUUAAAAUAAUACUAUAAUUAGAGAGAGACUUUUAUGAUUAAUUGAGAUUGAAGGGAAAGGAGAAAAAAAAGUAUUGAAUUGUAGAAUAAUCAUGUAGUUAAAAUUAAAAUUACCAUAAACCUAUAUUUAAGUUAAAAGGUGAUAAUAUUGUAGUGAUAAAAUCUAAAGAUCGAGAAUUGUAUCCUGCAGAUAUAUAAUGGAAUAAUGGUCAAAUUGGUAGAAUUAAGGGGGAGAUUAGUGGUAAAAUAGACAAGAAUUAUGCAAAAGUAAAUAAUAAUAAAAAAUAAGAUAAGAAGAUAUUUGGAGGGAUCAUCAAGUGUAAUUGAUUAUUCAGAAUCCAAAAUGUAUGAUAAAUUCAAUUCAUAUACAAAUAUUACAAAUCAAGAAAGAUUUUCAAAGGAUUGUGACAUUAUGUUCAGAACUAGCAAUAAUGCUUAACCAGGAAAUGUUCAAUCAGUUGGAGGUAUAUAAAGAACUAAAUAUGAAUUGGAUUGGAUUCAAAGGGGAAAAUACUGAU